AUGCAGAAUGUAUCCUCAAAGGGAGGGAUAAAGCAUUUCGUAAUCACAAAUCUACCUAAUGGGAAGUUUUCAAUAGAGAAAUACGCUUUUGAUUCUGUCAGUCAAAUGGUUCAGCAUCAUAUGAAUAAAGGAGAAUCAAUAUCGAGGGCAAACGAGGUCAUACUCCGGACGCCAAUACUGAGGCAGAACUGGGAGCAUGCACACGAAGAUGUGGAACUAACGAAAAAACUAGGUGAAGGUGCAUUCGGUGAAGUUCAUAUGGGCAAACUGAAACUUCGAAAUGGCAGAAAGGUAGAUGUAGCAGUAAAGCUGGCAAAACUGGAAGUGUUAACAAAGGAGCAGAUCAAAGAAAUUAUGCAUGAAGCUCGCCUCAUGAGGAACUUUGACCACCCGAACGUUGUUAAAUUCUAUGGGGUGGCCGCUGGACAAGAACCGCUCAUGGUGCUCAUGGAAUUAGUGAACUGUGGAGCUCUGGAUUCCUACCUUCAGAAGCAAGAGCAACCAGUUGAGAAAAAGAAUGAAAUGAUUCUGCAGUCGGACAAGCAGUGGUUGUGGAUUGACUAG